GCUGACACACUGAAGCCCGUGCAAGAAAGAACUUCGUCGUUUCCCGCAACAAGACAGAGACAAACAAGUCUCGCCGCAUGCUUAAAUACCCGCCGCAGCCUCGCAAAUUCCUGCGCUCUUUCUCUCUCUCUAUAAGCAACCAUGGAGAGAGGAGGACAAGAGACAAGCCUGAGCUCACCACUGAUAGAGCCGUGUGGUGAGGAUGGUUUUGCGAGAUCAUUGGCUUCGAACGAGAGAGAGGAAGAGAAGGGUGCUGUCAGGUGGAGGAGCGAGGUUCUUGUAGAGAUAAAGAAGCAGCUAUGGCUUGCUGGUCCGCUCAUAUCGGUGAGCUUGUUGCUCUACAGCUUGCAGAUGAUCUCUCUCAUGUUCGUUGGCCAUCUUGGCGAGCUGCCUCUCUCCGGCGCUUCCAUGGCCACCUCCUUCGCCACCGUCACCGGUUUCAGCUUACUGAUGGGAAUGGCCAGCGCAUUGGAUACGUUCUGCGGCCAAUCAUACGGGGCUAGGCAGUUUCAUAUGCUUGGAAUUCACAUGCAGAGAGCUAUGUUCAUCCUUCUACUAGUAAGCAUACCUCUUGCUUGCAUCUGGGCAAACACGAGAAUCAUACUAGAAGCAGUCGGCCAACAAUCAGACAUAGCGGCGGAAGCGGGAAAGUACGCCCGAUACAUGAUCCCGUCCCUCUUUGCUUACGGCCUUCUUCAAUGCCUGGUCAAGUUCUUGCAGACUCAGAACAUAGUCCUCCCUAUGGUGCUGAGCUCGGGAAUUGUUACAUUACUGCAUAUCUUCUUCUGUUGGGUUCUGGUCAUGAAAACCGGCCUCGGAAGCAGAGGAGCUGCCUUGGCGAAUUCGAUAUCGUAUUGGUUGAACGUGUUGCUGUUGGCGCUUUACGUGAAGUUCUCUUCUUCGUGCUCCAAGACGUGGACCGGGUUCUCAAAGGAAGCCUUUCACGACAUUCUCAGAUUCCUUAGACUUUCCAUUCCUUCUGCGGUUAUGGUCUGCUUGGAGAUGUGGUCAUUCGAGAUGAUGGUGCUCCUCUCAGGACUUCUCCCGGACCCGACAUUGGAAACUUCGGUGCUUUCUAUCAGUCUCAACACCGCCGCGACAGUUUGGAUGAUCCCUUACGGACUCAGCUGCGCUGUGAGCACUCGCGUUUCAAAUGAACUAGGGGCUGGGAAGCCUCUGGCUGCGCGUUUGGCAGUGUAUGUGGUCCUCUCCACGGCCGUAACCGAAGGAAUUCUGGUCGGAAUAGUCUUGAUCUCGAUACGCAAUGUGUGGGGCUAUGCUUACAGCGACGAGACAGAGGUGGUCGAUUACGUAGCCGUCAUGAUGCCGAUUCUAGCAGCUUCAAACUUCUUGGAUGGACUCCAAUGCGUCCUUUCAGGAACUGCUAGAGGAUGCGGUUGGCAAAAGAUUGGGGCCUUUGUCAACCUGGGGUCUUAUUACUUGGUUGGCAUUCCAUCUGCAAUACUGCUAGGUUUUGUUCUCCAUGUCGGUGGAAAGGGUCUCUGGCUAGGAAUUAUCUGCGCGCUAGUGGUGCAAGUGUUCUGCCUUUUCUGCAUCUUUCUACGUACUAACUGGGACCAAGAGGCAAAGAAGGCAGCUGAGAGAGUGCAUGACUCCACCAUCCCCAUAGACACAGUGUCAUAAGGAAGAAUCUAGUUUUAGGUAGAAAAACUCGGAAUAUGUGAAGAUCGAGAAAGCAAAGAG